GUACAGGGGCACGGUUGGUUGUGUUUUGGGGACAUUUUCUGGGUUGAAAUCUGAUAUUAUUUUUUUCUAAACGAAACUCUUAAUUUGUAAGAUGAAACUGAGAUAAGAUGACGGAGGCUGGGGGUUGGGUUUAUUUUGUGGUAUCAUUAUCCAUUCAUGGAGAUUGUCAUUUGUAAAGGGGGGAAAGUACGUCGCUUCGUUGUUGAGUCAUUUAAAUAAUGCAGGCGUUUAACACGGUUUGAUAAUGUUUAUGUGUUCGAAUUCACUACGGUUUUCAUUAUUGACAUAAUUCGGAAGAUAUGCCCACCGCAUUUUAGUGCAUCAUAUUAUUUGAACUUUAUUUCCAUUGGAACAGAACUAUGUAUGCAUCUCGUGUGAUAUUGUCAGGAUUAUUUUUUAUGCAAGUUGUCAACGCGAAGUAUUAUUGUGAAGAAACCUGGCUGUCCAACCAAGAGAAUGGCCUCUGUUACAAACUGUUCCCGAAACCCCAGAGUUGGAAACAGGCGAGAGAAACUUGUACAAGAGAAGGUGGUUUUCUAGUAUCCAUCACCAGCGAUCACGUGAUGUUAUUCGUAGCGAAAAACAUCUUAGAUAAUGCUACAUUGGUGUGGACAGGCGGCCAUUCCUUGUACGACAAUGGUUGGAUGUGGGACAACUACCAAGAGCCGUUUAACUCCACCUUUUGGAUAUUAGGUGCACUGGAGCCUAAAUUCCGAUGUCUGGCAUUGAAUGGUUUAACUAAACCCGUGUGGUUAGACCGACCAUGUACCGAACAAAAUGCGUUUAUUUGCGAGAAAUCAGCCCAGGCUCUGAACUGUGAUGGCAAACCAAAUGUGAUACAACUCCAGCCGAACAAACUAACCGCCAUCAGUUUCCCGCCAUUUUAUGAUCCGCUGAGGCCAUUUCAGCUUCCUUCUUAUGAAACAAACUUGAACUGUGUAUGGAAUAUAGUGCCACCCGAUGGAUAUAGAAUAAUCAUGGAAUACUACUUGUUCUGCAAUGACGACCUGAAAGGCUUUCAAGGUAAUUCUCGGUUGGAGAAUGUGUCUUGUCGGGAACAUUUCGGGAGCUCUGCCGUGGACAGAUCUUUGAGUUUGUCGUUUAGAACCGAUUCCUAUACCAGGCCCCGGAGUGAACAAGGAUUUCAGUUCAGACUUUUUACUGCUAACAAUAAAGCAGAUAGUUCUUGUGAUAACGAAGGGGUACCGUUAGAAGCAUCCACACAAAAACAAAUUAUCAUGUCUCAGGAAUUUCCUUUACAAAGGCCUACAUCUUGUGUGUGGACGAUCCUCUCACCAGUAAAGGAAGCCAAUAUAUACGUACAGAUGAAAUACCUCUUCCUCAGCGAGCAGACGACUCUACGGAUUCAGAAUGAUCUUUUUGCUAAAUCCGUGAUAUUAGAGGAGUCAGGAGUUUUUGUCUAUCGCGAAGAAACCAUUACCGUAAAUUACACCAGUAACGGCUCGUAUAGUGGUCCUCAUGGAUUUGUACUGGAAUAUUACAUUGACGAAAAGAGCGUGGCAGUAUGUACCCAGAAAAACCAAUCAAAAGAGUUGUCACAAUACGGGGUCCCGAACCCUAUGAACAAAUAUAUAAUUUUCUCCGUGAAAGCUACAAAUGACAUCGAGUUAUCAUUGCAUACGCCACCUGGCGGACAAUAUUACAUUGCAUUUAAUCAGAGCUUUACGGGGAGUUUAUGCGUACGAAAAACGGCAUCGCUGACACAGUGUCUUGAAGAGUACAACGGGAAACUGCUGGACAAUGGAGCUUUCCGGGAUUUCUGGGUGAGCUGGUUCGACACUCUGAAGGUCGGACGCGGAAGAAUACCAGGAAAUGACGUCAUUCUUGAUUUCAGGGUUUAUAACCCCCUCAACGUUAGUUCCAUUUCAAUUCAAGCUCGUGAUGGAAUUGGAGAGUGGAAUUUUUUUGGUCCAGUAAACUCAACUGAUUCCAUAGAAACUUGUCACGUGUCAGGCGGUCCUCUGAAAUCACUAUGGAGUCUUCAGUUACCCCCACCAAAUAUUAACUACGUCAAGUUCUCUGUUCGUCUUUGUGAAAGAGGACUAAUAUCGUUUCGAAUAACGAAUGGAACAUCUUAUCUGAUCUGGCUAGAUGCACUCAAAACGAACGAUACAAAGCAACACAUUUCUUGUUUUACAGGAAGCAAAACCAAAGAUGGGGUGUAUGUCUGUGUUUCUAGUGCCUAUUCUACUCCUGUUCUGGAUUGCACGGAGUUUCGCCAUUUUUGGAUAUCUUGGGAAGCUAGUAAUAUCAUUUCGAUUGGAAAGGGUUCAAAAAUCGGAAAAGGGUUUAUGACCAGUCUAAAUUCAGGGUACCCUCCCGUCCCUACGUCGUUCGAGUUUGGGAGCGACAGGUCUGAUCCUCAUAAUAUUGCUUCUGUGUGGCGAUUUGUCAGACCUCCAGCGACUUCAGAGAUGAUCAACAUCACACGAAGUCAAGUGGUCCCCUCUUCACAGGGGAUAGAGGGUUCGACUCUGACCAUGUCUGUGGACAUUAAUAUCCGAUUUGGGUUUGGAGUGAAAUGGUUGAGGAAUGGCACUCAAGUUUCGCAUUCUCCAGGAAGGUUUUUGAUACAGCAAUCCUUCAUUGAUGUGAUGAAAUGUUCUCUAGAUAUAUUAGAGCUGAAACUUAGAGACCAAGCUAACUGGACAGUGGUUGUAUUCAACCAGCAAUAUACUGCUUCAACGAGUUUUGACAUCAGGGUGAAACGAGGGCUACAGAUCCGAAUUUCCCCUCGUUACGAACUGGCGAUCCAGAAGGGAAGUUCCUUCGACCUUGUGUGUAAUAUUACAAAUCUAAAAGAUUUGUCGGGCAUUUCUGUGGAUAUAUCUCGGUUGACUUGGUAUAGGAAUGGCAGUCCUCUACAACAGGACGGAAAACGAAUUGCAAUCACAGUAAAGGGUUCUUCCAGUCUACUACGUAUUUCAUCUACUGAGAUGAGCGACAUGGGAGUAUAUUCCUGUAACCAUGACAACUUCCGGGUAACCAUGGUGAUCAACGCUACGGUGGCGGUCUACAUCAAAGGUGGCGUUGUCUGUCCGUCAUCAGUAGAUGUACACGGUAUUCCGUGGCCAAUUGCCAUUCCAGGAAAAUACGUUCAUGCGGAUUGUCCUAACGGCAAAGAAGGUAACGCUAGCAGAUUGUGUGAUAGUUCUGGGACGUGGAUGAAAACACGAGUGUCAUACUGUGCUGACAUAGAACUUUCAACCGCUUUGAACGAGCUUCAGAUUUUAGAAAGCGACGGGGUGUCCGACAAAGAGUACAUUGAACAGAAGUUUCAGACCUCCCUAACAAAAACAGAAAAUCUAACUGCCUCAGAACAGACCAUUUCAUCCGCCAAUAUACUGUCCUCCAUCAGUAUCAUCGACACAGUCCUGAAAGUAGCUAACCAAAGCAACGCAACUGUACCAGACCAGAAUGUCUACUCUAUUUUUGACCACGUGACGUCAGCCAACAACAAAGAGUCAUGGAAACUGGUUGAAGAAGAGACAAUGGCUGGUCCUACAUCGGUACUGGACGCGAUGGAAAGGACGAACUCUCUUGUGAUGAAGGACUCGAAAGUCAAAGAAUUCAGGGGAAACAACAUUGUUGUGAACGUUAGUGAGACUUCAAUACACGACUCAGGGGUUCAGUUUCUUGAAAAUGACACAUUUAUUGUGCUCCCAAAGCAAGAGGAACAGUUUAAAGCGUCAAAAUAUUCUGCUGUUUUAUACAAGACAAUGUCUCAAUUUUUACCAUCGAAAGCUAACUCUUCAAGGUCUGGGCCGGAUUCCGUGGUUAACUCUGCGGUGAUGUCACUGACGUUUGACCAGCCCAUACAACAACUGUCCCCACCCCUCGUUCUGACCUUUCAGCACAAUACAGGGAGGAGGAUGGCAGACGAAGAUGCAGACUGCGUUUUCUGGGAUUAUGCUCUAUUUGACGGGACAGGCGGCUGGUCGUCAGAAGGAUGUUCUACUAAUUCCACGGAGGGUGGCACCACUGUCUGUCUGUGUAACCAUACCACCAAUUUCGCUAUUCUCAUGAGACCUUACACACCGGAAAAAGAAGAUUCGGCGCUUGUAAUAAUUUCCAUUGUUGGUGUAGUCAUUUCAAUGUUGUUCACCGCCCUGACCGUCGGAAUCUAUAUUUACUUGUGGAAAAAGAUCAGGAGUGAUCAGAACGUUUUGAUCAUCUGUCUGUGCGUUUCUCUUUUCCUUGGAUACCUUGUGUUUUUGACCGGGGUAGAUAAUGCAGAAAAUGAGGCUGUUUGCAUCGCCGUCACGGCUCUACUUCAUUUCUUCCUUUUAACUACAUUCUUCAUGAUGUUUGGCGUAGGAACCUUUUUCUUUAUGAACGUUACAGUAUUAUUCUAUGCAAUGCGUAUCACUAACAACUUUAAUUCUCGGUCACGUUUAAAAUGGAUCGUUGGGUCUGCAAUAGGUAUUCCAUUGGUGAUAGUCUUUAUCACGCUAGGAAGCUGUUGGAACACACAAUAUCACUCUGAAACAUUCUGCUGGCUAUCUGUAAACUCUGGAGCAAUAUAUGCUUUUAUCGCGCCUGUCCUUUUAAUGUUCUUGCUUAACCUUGGUAUAAUUAUCUCUUUACUUCGAGUUAUGUUUUUAACAACUAAAAUGAAGAAAGCAGAAUUCAAAGAAAAAGCAAGAAAUGCCUUGAAAAGUGUGUGUACACUGAUUCCCGUUCUUGGAGUCACGUGGAUUUUUGGAAUCUUUGCUAUCAACGAAGACGCCAUUGUGUUCCAAUACAUAUUUACUAUUGCAAAUUCAAUACAAGGACUUUUAAUUUUCAUCACGCAUGUGUUAAUGAACAACAAGAUAAAAAAGACAAUGAGAGCAAAGCAUCCCUCUCUGAAAAAGAAACGAGACAAGGAUGUUGAUCACGUGGUAUCUUCCACAACAGACCACUCUACAAACAAUACACAUACAACGGCUCUAGUUCCGGUCAAUAAUUCAGUAUACAAAGACCCCGAUAAGGUAUCGGAGACUGAUAUACACUUGCAUACAGAGGAAACUGAGAGCACUAAUACAGUUAUGGAAAGAGAAUUAUUCCUUUCUUCAAUGGAAACUCAGAUUGUUGGCGGGAAAAUUAUCACACAAUCAGGAUCCGCCACACACCUUCAGACGGAUUCAAGAAAUGAAGCAUUUGAGUUGAAAGUUUCAUCAGAAGGAGUUUUACACGAAGAAAAGAAACAGGAAGUCAGAUGGGGAGGUGGCGGUGGUAUAAUACAGAAUUUUCAGUCGGAGGCAAACAAAUACCGCGAAAUGAGACCCACAAGGGAGUGUAGAGUGGUGCAAACUAAAGUUGAAAGAACUCGAGUCGUCACAUCAAACACGUCUCAGUUUUCAGCGGUUAGCAAUACAACAACACAAAACAGAGUAAAUUUUUCACAAAUGAAGAAUGAAGAAGAAUUCGAUGCCUAAUUUACUGUCUUGUGUUAUGUGUCGAGACUGUGAUAGAAUUAAAAGCUGUAUAUGACAUUAAAUGUAUCUAACUGUAUGUAAUAAUUGAUGGAAGAAAGAAUAAAGAAAAUGGCGGUCAUUGCCGCGUGAAACGUGU